GUCAACUGCCAUGGCUUGAGCGAAACAAAAGGUCAGAGCUGCUUCAACAAGUCAUAUUACUGUAGGUCGAAGGCUGGAUCCGGUCUCGUGAUAUGGCACGCGACAGCAUCUGGACAACAGACUCGCGUCUGGUAAUUGACAAACAAGCACAUUAUCAGCAAUGCCCAUUAGACCGUUCAGUUUACCGCCAAACCCGUCGCUGGUGGCCGUCAUACUCAUAAUACGAACGCGAUCUGGUCCGCGACUGGUCUUCCACUAUCCUGGUGUGCCUGAAGCCAUUCAACGCAAUACGUCAUGGCACUUCGGUUCAGCCAACAGCGACUCGGAGGAUGGAGGCAGCUCGUCGGAUGAUGACCAGACUGUGCUUUCUGAUGAUGCGAGUACGACUUCUUCGCGACAGACGGCGAGACCUAGUAUCGCAUCGCAGAGUCGUGUCGCGGGUAGUACCUCGACCAAACGAACGACUCGCACGUUACACUCAGAUGCUCCAGACAAUGACGAAGACGACGAUGAUGUUGAUAAUCUAGAUGUCGAUGUACUGGAUCUGAACUCUUCGCCCGCUGACAAACCUACUCCUGCCACUACUACGAAUAACAUCGCUCACGAUCGAUCUGCCAACACCACGCGACGUGAAAAUACCACGACUGACAAGCGCAAUACCUGCGAAUGGGAAAAGCUGCUGGGAUAUCCCGUGGAAGGGCUAGAGAUGAUGUUAUCGCCUCCGUCUAGCAUGCACAAGAAGCGUUUCGAAAUCAUGCUGGAUGAUCUGGUCUUCCUCGGAUACCCCAUCUCUGUGCGCGAUGACGGCACAUGGAAGAAAAAGAAGAGCAAGAGGAGGGCCACAACACAGGACGGAAAGAGCAGUCAGGGUGCUGAUGGUGCUCAAGAUGAGGAUGCAAACGACAGUGGUAGCGACAAUGAGAACGAGGACGAGGACGAUGACGAAGGAACUGUCGGUGGUGACAUGUUCAGUCCGCCUCUAUCGCCAUUGACGCCUCGACGACCUACCGCGGAUCUGCCUCACAGUUAUAAAUCAGAAGCUGCCUCGUCCGAAGUUGCAUCAGAAACUGGCAGUGCCAAUAGCAAUCAGGAUGAGAUGACCAUGUUCCAUGUCGUCUUUGUCAUGAAUCCGCCUGCUCUCGAAUACCACAUCCGAUUGCAAGAAAUGUACGACAAUGUUGUCAAGAAGUUUGCAAAAGCCUUGCGCUACGAACAAGCACGCUCAAAUGCAAUCUACCAAGAUGCCAAAAAGAUGCAGUCAUUGAAAGCACAGGCAAAGGAAAACAAAACGCCAAUGGCUGUCUUGUGGCCGACUAUGAUAUCUAGCUGUCCACUGGCAAAAGCGAUUGCCAUCUUGUACACCAAUAUUGCGAGCAACAAAAUUGCGCAUAUCAGUAUCGGCGAUGGCUUUGAAGCGAGCAUUCAAAUCCCUCAGGCUAUAUCAACACCAUAUGUGCCUACGCCUACGGAGCCACAGUUGCCUGGUCUUUGGCUCACAACUGCGAAUAGUCUAUCAGAUGACGGACUAUCCCUCUCUCCCCAUGCAGCUCUCCUCUUACUAGAAGACAAAGACGUCAUGCUCAAAGAGGUAGAAGGCGAUGGCAAGGAUCCAGCUUCCCCCCUCGCCUUCUUCAUCCGCGAACUCACACCCACAAAGUCCCUCGCAAAACUCUCCACCGCACUCUCCCUCCCCCUCUCAGAUGUCCAGUUCCUCGCUCGUCAUCUCAUCUACUGGCGUCGCGCUCGAGCUAUCCCUCCUCUCCACAUUAGAGACACCUAUAUCGUCUCUCCUAACUGCGAUAUGCGACAGCUCCAAAAAGCAAUGCCGUUAUACGCUCAACAAUUCUCAGCCUUACCUUCUUUACCCAAGAUGCUUCAGAAUUUGAGUGGUAAGCCUAUCCAAUAUGGCUUUUUGAUCCCGAGUAAAGAUCAUAAACCUGCUUACAUGGAUAUUUUGGCUUGGCUGUUACGAGGAGCUUGGGUUACACAACUCAGAACUUUUGCGUGGGUGAAAGUUUCUGUGGAUGUCAAGGCUGCUGUUGCCGUUAAGCUACGCGCGGACUUUGAAGAGAGGAUGGCGAAACGGGGGACUGCUUCUUCUGCUCUGCUCAAAACUACUGCGAUGAUGAAUUCAAAAGCUUCACAGGGGAGUGGGGGAGCAGGAGCAGACCGCCGUAUCUCUGAAGACUUUGACAAUGUGUCAGAGGUCGCGAGUAGUAGAUUGAGCAUUGCAAGUUCAGCAUUACUAUCCCCAACCCUGAGUCGCUCAGCCAGCGACGCAGGAAGUUCCGGAAGCGGAAGAACUGCUAUACCGCCACCUCUUGCUCAUCGAGCAGAUACAUCACCCAAUCUGCAUGCAAGCAGGGAAUUAGCCCCAUCACCUCCUUCUAUCCUCUCCAAUAGCAGUGCAUCUGCCCACGAAGACGAUACUUCUACCGUUAACUCUGCUUCCCUACCUUCGACGGAUCCUGGCUCUUAUACGCAGACUCUUGUGCUUUCGCCGCAUAAAGCUAGUACGGAGGAGAGUCGCUGGUUGACGUGGAUAGGAGCUCAUUUGAAAGAUGCAGAAGUGAAAGAGUAUUGGGGUGUGCUGGUCAAGCAUUUUGACGGCAAGAGGGCUUUGGAAGAAAUUGCGGCUAGAGAGGGUUUGAAGAGGAGUAAGGUGCAGGGUUUGUUGCAUAAAUUAGAGCAGGAAGGCGUGUUGUAUGUGGUUAAGCAUUGGUGAGGCGAUGAAGCGAGAUCCCAAAAGAUUUCAACAUCCGUUGCGCAAAGCCGGCUAUCCUUGUUCAGUUCUUGAUGUGCAUGUGAGAUGGUAUUGACUUGGCCGCCCGUUCGAUUGUACAUGACAAUUUGAUGCCUCAGUGAUGGUCAAAAUGAUACAAUGUCUAAUA